AUGGCAUUACCAUGCGAUGAAUCGGUUUCUGUGAUAAAAGUGAGCGCAAAGUCACGACUCGUGUUACUAUCGCUACAACUGGUGGCCAACGGUCUGAUCCCGGAUCACGAGAGCGCCGAUGCCUUCGUCCACCGAUUGGAGGACAAACUGCCGACUACUGGAACCGAUCGUCUCAUUUAUCACGUGUUUAGUGGACUCAAUCGCUGGGAUUCCCAAUACUAUACGACCAUCGCCUACAAUGGCUACGAUCGCGAAGAGUUUCUCGCAUUCUUCCCGCUGUUCCCACUUUUGGUCAGACAAUUGGCAACCAUUUUGUGGUCAAUACAACACUUGUCGACCGAUCGGACGUUUGUCUCGUAUUAUAGUUUGAUUUUAUUGAGUAGUUUUGCGCUCAACUUUGGCCUCUUUAUACUGACGGCACUUGUGUUGUAUAAACUGACGGCCAAACUGUUUGCCGACCGCUCGAUGGCCGCCAAUGUUGUCCAUUGGUUCUCAUAUAACCCGUCGUCCGUAUUCUUCUCGUCCUCUUAUUCGGAGUCAUUGUUCGCAUUCCUCACGUUUUCCGGCAUUUAUUUAACACAUCUGUCGGACAAAUCACAUCACCUGAUGAUGGCUUCCGCUCUCUUUGGUCUGAGUUCGGCCACUCGUUCUAAUGGCAUUAUAUCGAUUGGAUUUGUUUUAUACAAACAAUUAAAUCGUAUACUAAAUGAAUGUUUCGCUGAAAACGGACGGUUCGUACUGAAGAAGAAUUGGUGCCAAAGAUUAGCCAUCAAUCUAUUGCUGAGCAUCUCUUUAGUGAUUAUAUGUUUGUUGCCAUUCAUAAGCUAUCAGUUGUAUGCAUACCAACUGUAUUGUCGUGACUCCGAUCACCCGAAGGUGUGGUGCGGACACAGUAUUCCUCUUUCAUACUCUUACGUUCAAAGCCAGUACUGGAACGUAGGCUUUCUUCAGUACUAUCACUUGAGACAGAUUCCCAACUUUUUGCUCGCGUUUCCCAUUAUUGUGUUGAAUCUGAAGACAUGCGUCACCUAUUUGUUACUCAAUAGUCACCGAAUCGUAUCGAUUGUCUGCCGACGACCGCAACAGCGGCACAAGAAAUGCGAUUCAGUAUUGAAAAACGAUAUGUGUUUUGUGCAUAUCAUUCACACACUAUGUUUGACAAUGUUUUGCGUACUCUUCGUCCACAUUCAAGUGACCACAAGAAUGUUGAUGUCGUGCACACCACUAGUCUAUUGGGCCGUCGAGUCCGUCGAAGUCAAGCGCCGUAAACGAGUCAACGAUUUGAUACAUCUUUGGUUUUACGGAUAUUUUAUUAUCGGAACAAUACUUCACUCAAACUUUUUGCCAUUCACUUAAAGUCACUGCCA